GCCGCAGGGAGGGGGAUGAGGUGACGGCCGUCAUGGCGAGUGACGGCGGCAAGAAGCAGUUCUGGAAGCGAAGCGGCGCGAAGGUGCCGGGCAGUAUUCAACAUGUGUAUGGUGCUCAGCAUCCGCCUUUUGAUCCAUUGCUGCAUGGAACCUUGGUAAAACCAGGUUCAAAGCCACCUACAACUCCAGUGAAACUAAAGAAAGUCAGCACCUUCCAAGAAUUUGAAAGUAACACGAGUGAUGCUUGGGAUCCUGGGGAUGAUGAUGAUGAACUCUUAGCAAUAGCUGCUGAAAACUUAAAUACAGAAGUGGUCAUGGAAACGGCUCACAAAGUAAUCGAGAAUCAUAGCAAGCUACAAGAGCAGCAUAAAUUUCAGGAAGAACAUCUACAGGAAGAAAAACAAGUAGAAUCUGCAGAACUGGCUUCGAUUGCAUGUGGUGAUAAUAGGCUUGUUAAAUCAAUCAGUGAAGGUCAUACAUCAAGCUCAUCAGAUAAUGCAAGUGAAAAUACUUCCAUGCAGAGAUCACAGUCCCUUCCACAAACUUCCACGCCUCCCUUGGUGAGUGGUAUGGCAGACUGUAAUACCUCAGUUACUCCUGCAUUAACUGAAAGAGAAGCAUCCCGAUUAGACAAAUUUAAGCUGCUACUUGCUGGCCCCAAUACAGAUCUUGAAGAAUUACGGAAAUUGAGUUGGUCUGGCAUUCCCAAACGGGUUCGUCCAAUUGCAUGGAAGCUUCUUUCAGGCUAUCUUCCUGCAAAUGUGGACAGAAGAGAAAGCACUUUACAAAGAAAACGCAAAGAGUAUUUUGCAUUUGUUGAACAAUAUUAUGAUUCCAGAAAUGAUGAAAAUCACCAGGAUACCUAUAGACAGAUCCAUAUAGAUAUCCCACGCAUGAGUCCUGAAGUUUUAAGACUUCAGCCCAAAGUAACAGAGAUCUUUGAAAGAAUUUUGUUUAUCUGGGCAAUACGUCAUCCAGCCAGUGGAUAUGUUCAGGGCAUAAAUGAUCUUGUUACUCCUUUUUUUGUAGUCUUCGUUUGUGAAUAUAUAGGGGAAGAAGAAGUGGAAAAUUUUGAUGUUUCCAGUCUGCCUGAAGAAGUGCUGCAGAACAUAGAAGCUGACAGUUACUGGUGCAUGAGCAAGUUGCUUGAUGGCAUUCAGGAUAACUACACAUUUGCACAGCCAGGAAUUCAGAAGAAAGUGAAAAUGUUGGAAGAACUUGUUAGUCGGAUCGAUGAACAAGUUCAUAGGCACUUGGAUCAGCAUGAGGUGAAAUACUUGCAAUUUGCGUUCCGUUGGAUGAAUAACUUGCUGAUGAGAGAAGUCCCUUUACGGUGUACCAUCAGGUUAUGGGACACAUACCAAUCUGAACCAGAGGGCUUUUCUCACUUCCACUUGUACGUCUGUGCUGCCUUCCUUGUCAGGUGGAGGAAAGAGAUCCUGGAAGAGAAAGAUUUUCAAGAAUUGCUGAUAUUUUUGCAAAAUUUGCCCACAGUACACUGGGGAAAUGAAGAAAUCAGUGUACUCCUAGCAGAGGCCUACAGACUGAAGUUUGCAUUUGCAGAUGCCCCCAAUCAUUACAAGAAAUGAAUAUAAAGAACCAAAAAUCAUGAAGACCAAUGUAUUCUGCAGUAUUAUGGCAUCUGUUCUGGUUGUGCAUUCAGCUCAUUGCUCUUUCAUUUGAAUUAAGAUGACCAUUAAAAUUGUGUUAAAAUUUGCAGAAUAAGAACAGAAUACCAAAGAAAUGGCAAAGCAGGAUAUUGAGCAUAGAAUGAACUUAAAAGUGAACUUUUUUGUUCAGCAUGAAAAAAUGAAUUCAGAGUCUGUCACAUAAUUUUCUUCUUUUUUUUCCUUUCUCUAAUUGCAGUCUGUCUAAUUUAUGUCAAGCAAUUUUUGUGUGUACCUAAGACUUAAAACUACUUAUCGAAUGAUUUUGUCAUUGCUUCGGCAUCACCUGCCAUGACUUUAUCAGCCAGUUUUGGUCAGUAAAAAUUAUUUCCUUUGAGUGGGAAAAAAAGAACUUUUCGGUGUUGUAAAGAUCAAAUGAGACAGCAAGGCCUGGGUUUGGAGGCCUGGUUAUAAGUCAGAAGACACUCAUAUUCACACACCAUCUGUUGUUUUCCCAUGCAAUUAGGUUGGAAUAAUAAUGUAAGAAUAGAGAAGAUUGCAAUGGAAAUUGGUGGCAUUUUUCUAAACAUUACUCAGUCUUACAGAGUGCUGUAUAAGCAUUUUAGCCCUACAGAGGAGUUACUUAAUGCUGAAGAGUCAUUUGUAAUACUGAAGUAAAUCCCUCUAUAUAUAUUUGGGAGUGUAUUGAAAAUAUCAAAUGAAAUAGAAGACGUGGUCUUGUUAAAGUAAUUAAAGCUUUUCUUUUGAGGCCUUUCAAUUUUUCAGCAUGAAAGUUCACUUCUAAGAAACAUUAAGAAGCUUGGUUUACAAAGCAAGAUACAUUUUUUUCUCAGUUGUUGCCUUAUUCUCCGUUUCUAGCAUGUUAGAAAAGGAAAAGUAAUGUUUCUAAAGCUUAUUUGUUAAAUAAUUGAAUACCCUUUUUUCUGAUUAUUCAGAGAAAGUAAGAAGAUGGUUCCCAGUAACAAUAGCAGUAACUGUAUA